AUGUCUUCUUCCAACAACUUUGACCGAUACCGACCACCAAGAGAAGCACCCGCUCACCCGCCAAAACCGCCGUUUAUCGCAGAGUACAACAACACUUCGCAGUCGUCAUCGCCUGCUACUACUGGGAGAAGGCGCGAGGGAGGAGGAGGAGUGCCGCCUGCUGUACCGUCGCCCCCGGUUUAUUCCUCCAGGACAUCGCCGCCGCCGCCGCCGCGACCGCUGCGGAGCGCCCCCUCGCCUGCCAUGUCUAGCCCGCAGAGGUCGCAGCAGCAGAGGAGGGAGCAGUGGCUGUUCACGCUGGACGAGGUGAAGAGUACGCCAAGUAUCAUGGACGGGCUGCCGAUUGGGGAGGAGAGGUUGAGGAGGGCAAAGGGGGUGAAUUUUAUUUACCAGGCGGGCAUGUUGCUGGAGCUGCCGCAGAUUACGAUUUGGGUGGCGGCGGUGUUUUUUCAUCGGUUUUAUAUGCGGUAUAGCAUGGUCGAGCAGAAUGGGGGCAUACAUCACUAUAAUAUCGCCGCCACGUCGUUGUUUUUGGCGAAUAAGACGGAGGAAAACUGCCGCAAGACGAAGGACUUGAUCAUUGCUGUCGCCAAGGUGGCUCAGAAGAACACCAAGCUGAUUAUUGAUGAACAAUCGAAGGAAUACUGGCGGUGGCGGGAUUCGAUCCUUGCGUUUGAGGAGAUCAUGCUCGAGACGCUUACCUUCGAUCUCAUGAUUAAUAACCCCUACGGCGAGAUUUUUGACCUGCUGGCUGAGCUGGAUUUGAUCAAAAACCACAAGCUGCGGGAUGGGGUCUGGGCUUUUUGCAACGACGCGUGUCUGACGGUGCUGCCGUUGGUGUUGAACACGAGGGAGGUGGCCAUCUCGGCGAUUUUCUUCUCGGCGACGGUGAACAAGGUGCAGAUUGGGGAUGUGAGGGGCCAGAGCUGGUGGGUGUACUUGGGGGGGACGGAGGAGAUGGCGGCGUUGGGGGUGAAUUUGAUGUGUGAGUUUUAUAGGGAGAACCCGCUGCGGAAGCAGGAGAAGCGUCCUCCCAGUCCGGAGUUUAGGCUGGAGAGCACGAGGAGGAGGGGGGAUGUGGCUUUUGGGCUUGGGGGGAUGAUGGAGGUUGAUAGUCCGGGGACUGGGACGCCGACGCCGGUGGGGACAGAUAGGGCUGGGACGCAGAGUCCGGGGCGGGGGAGGGUCAAUGGGAACGGGGUUGUCAAGGAGGAGGAGGGGGGGGUGAAGAGGGAGGGGUCGUCGUCGGCCGAGGAGAGGAGGGCGGCGGCUGUUAGGGCGAGUGUGGAGAAUGGAGAUUCGGAUGCGGCGUUGAAGGCUGCGGCGAAUGAGUUGGGGGUUCAUGAGAAUGGGGAUGGUGGUGGUGGGGGGUUGGUGUCCCCUGGGCCGAUGCUGGCGGCGAUCAAGAGGAAGAGUGCCGAGUUGGAGGAUGCGGUGGAUGCUGCGGAGAGGGAGGCGAAGAAGAUUAAGUUGCAGGAUGAUGAGGAUGAGGGGGAGAUUAAGGGGUCUUGAUUGAGGAAGAUAAUGGGGGUGCGAGAGAUUGGACUGGUAGCACUUCCCUCUUCAGCGGUUGACUCUUUUGUUGACGUUAUCAUCAUUUUUAUUUGUUGUUUUGGAGUUUUUUUGUUGUUGUUUCCGGCGCCAAGGAUUAGCGAACGGGAUAUUUAGGGGGUGGUUUAACCAGGAAAGGAGGGUUUUCAUAUCGAGGGGUUCAGAUUCUGGUGUAUCAUAUUUUUUUUUUUUAUAUAUUCUGAUAUCCCUCUUUUUUUUUGGCUUUUUUUUUCUCUCCGUUUCAUCUCUUACCUUUCCUUCUAUUUCAAUGCUAAUAGGCGAUGUGGAAUGGGGGAUUGUAGUUAGGCAGAAUCUCUAUGGUUUGAGAGAUGAUAUAUGUGUUGUCCGUUGUGUGUAUCGGUCUGUGUGUGUGUGGUGAGUGAUAUUUGGAUGGUGGCGGCAGGAGUAAGUAUCAUUAUUAUGACAAAAGUUUCAAUAAAUAGUGUUUAAACCUUUGUACCCCUUUCAAAAAAAAAUUUAUGUUGAAUAUAUAUUCACAUCCUCCCUA